AUGUUACUGCUAACUGCACGCACGCUCAUCACAGUGUUGGAGGCUGCUGGAUGCCAACAGAGGCAGCAUCCAGACCACCAAGCAGCGCCAAAUCUCCACCCUGAAGGCUGCACCAUGCAUGGGGGCAAGAGAGGACUAGUGGCCCCGCAAAAUACCUUUCUGGAAAACAUAGUCCGGCGUUCUAGUGAAACCAGCUUCCUGUUGGGAAACGCCCAAAUCGUGGAGUGGCCGGUGGUGUACAGUAACGAUGGUUUCUGCAAGCUGUCUGGCUACCACAGAGCCGAAGUCAUGCACAGGAGUAGCAUGUGCAACUUCAUGUACGGAGACUUGACCGACAAGAACACCAUUGACAACAUCCGCCUAACCUUCGACAACUAUGAGUCCAACUUCUACGAGGUGCUGCUCUACACUAAAAACAGAACGCCCAUAUGGCUUUACAUGCAGGUGGCGCCCAUCCGAAAUGAUAACAACAAGGUGGUGCUUUUCCUCUGCACUUUCCGGGACAUCACACUCUUCAAACAGCCCAUUGAGGACGAAACCACGCGAGGUUGGACAAAGUUCGCCAAGCUAACGCGGGCGCUCACAAACAAUCGAAACCUGGUCCAGCAGAUGGCGCCACUGAGCAAGACGGAGGUCAACCAUAAGCCGUCCAGACUGGCUGAGGCUCUCCAGCUGGGCUCCGACAUACUUCCCCAGUACAAGCAGGAGGCCCCCAAGACCCCCCCGCACAUCAUCCUCCACUACUGCACCUUCAAGACCACGUGGGACUGGGUCAUCCUCAUCCUGACCUUCUACACGGCCAUCAUGGUGCCCUACAACGUGUCGUUCAGGACCAAGCAGAGCAACCUGGUGUGGCUGGUGCUGGACAGCAUCGUGGACGUCAUCUUCCUGGUGGACAUCGUGCUCAACUUCCACACCACCUUUGUGGGCCCCGCCGGCGAAGUCAUUUCCGACGCUCGGCUCAUUCGCAUGAACUACGUCAAGACAUGGUUCGUCAUCGACCUGUUGUCGUGUCUGCCCUACGACAUCAUCAACGGCUUUGAGAAUUUUGACGAGGACUUUGUCACGCCUUCGUCCACGGCCAGUCAUCUUCGCGACUCGUCCAACUUCCACAGGAACAGCACCAGGAUGGAAGACUCAGUACUGCCAGGUCUCAGCAGCCUCUUCAGCUCCCUGAAGGUCAUCCGCCUGCUGCGUUUGGGGCGCGUGGCCCGCAAACUGGACCACUACUUGGAGUACGGGGCGGCCGUCCUGGUCCUGCUGGUGUGCGUCUUCGGCCUGGUGGCCCACUGGCUGGCCUGCAUCUGGUACAGCAUCGGCGACCACGAGGUCAUCGACGAGACCACCAACACCAUCAAGACGGACAGCUGGCUGUACCAGCUGGCGAUGAGCAUCGGGACGCCGUACCGCUGGAACGCCAGCGGCACCGGCCAGUGGGAAGGCGGUCCCAACAAAGACACGCUGUACAUCUCCUCGCUGUACUUCACCAUGACCAGCCUCACCACCAUCGGCUUCGGCAACAUCGCGCCCACCACGGACGGGGAGAAGAUCUUCUCCGUGGCCAUGAUGAUGGUGGGAUCGCUAUUGUACGCCACCAUCUUCGGCAACGUGACCACCAUCUUCCAGCAGAUGUACACCAACACCAACCGCUACCACGAGAUGCUGAACAACGUGCGGGACUUCCUCAAGCUCUACCAGGUUCCCAAAGGUCUCAGCGAGAGGGUCAUGGACUUCAUCGUCUCCACUUGGGCCAUGUCUAAGGGCAUCGACACAGACAAGGUGCUGUCCAUUUGUCCCAAAGACAUGCGUGCGGACAUCUGCGUGCACCUCAACAGGCAGGUGUUCAACGACCACCCCGCCUUCCGCCUGGCCAGCGACGGCUGCCUGCGCUCUCUGGCCGUGGAGUUCCAAACCACGCACUGCGCGCCCGGCGACCUCAUCUUCCACAUCGGCGAGAGCGUGGACACCCUGUGCUUCGUGGUGUCCGGCUCUCUGGAGGUCAUCCAGGACGAUGAGGUCAUCGCCAUUCUGGGUAAAGGAGAUGUGUUCGGGGACGUCUUCUGGAAAGAGAGCACCAUGGCGCGAGCGUGCGCCAACGUGCGGGCGUUGACCUACUGCGACCUGCACGUCAUCAGGAGGGACGCUCUCAUGAGGGUGCUGGAGUUUUACACGGCCUUCGCCAACUCCUUUUCACGCAACCUCAUCCUCACCUGCAAUCUACGCAAACGGGUCAUCUUCAGAAAGAUAGCCGACGUGAAGAGGGAACAGGAGCGCCAGAGGACCGAGGUGGCGCUCUCCAUCCCGGACGACCACCCGGUGCGGAAGCUCUUCCAGAGGUUCCGGCAUCAGAGGGACGGCCAAACGCCAGAGGAGUCUCCAUCAUACCUGGAUCACAACAGUGUGCAGGAGGAGUUGCCUCACGCCAACACCACCGCCGGCCAAGCUCCGCCUGUUGCCGCCCAGCAGACGGGCGUUGGAGGUUCUCGGGGCACGGUGGUCGCCUCUGCUGAGAAGUCCGAGCAAAACUGCACAACAGAUGCUCAGUUGAGGCCUUCAGUGGAAAAGACGCAGAGUCAGGGGGUCAACAGCCCGGCGCAGGGUCGUGGUGUGGGCGCAGAGGGGGCUGGGGGCCUCGCCGCCCGCAAAGGAGGGGCCAGAGGGUGGGCCAAGUUUAAAAACGCCACCUCAACUGCCCCGGCACCGCCUCCUCAAGCAGAGCAGGAGAAGCCACCUGAGAAACCGGAGGCUUGGACCAAAGGAUCUCAGUCCUCGGAACCAAUAGCGGCCGCCAACCAGAACCAGAACCAGGAGGACGGCGGGGAGGGCGGCGCCAAUGCAGGAGAAGCCACCGCCCUGCAUAAAACGGACUCGUGCGACAGCGGCAUCACAAAGAGCGACCUGCGCAUCGACCGGGCGGGCGAUUCCAGGAGCUCGUUCGAGCGCAGCCCCAUGGAGCGCAGCCCCAUGGAGAGGAACCCGUUCGGGGCCCCUGCGUCCGAGCGGGACCUCCUGCAGGUCACGCUGUACGAGGCCAAGGUGGAGCUGAAGGGGGACAUCCAGCUUCUGAGCGGCCGGCUGUCCAUGCUGGAGGCUCAGGUGGGAGAGAUCCUCAGGCUUCUGUCCAUCAGGAGAAGACUCUCGCUUCCGCCCACGUCCUCCCCAAGACCGAGGGCCAAAGGCCAAGACUCUGUUAUCGCCUCUGUUCGAACCAAAAAAGAUGAUGGACCCUUUUGAGGGGACUCUGUAGACCAUUCUUCUCGGGUUCUCAAGCUUUUUACACUAUGUACCACCUCAGAUAUUUAGUUUUGCAAGUAGCACCACGGCUUAGCUCGAACUACGGUCUUCCUGCGGUACCAAACUUUGAGAAUAGAUGUUCUCGGACUGAAAAAAAAAAAGAAAAUCUCCGGUUCGCCUAAGCUAGCUGGCCUAACAAAGAAAUGUGUUGCAUGGAAAAACAACUUUAAUCCAAUUUAUGAAUAUAAAAAGGUGGGCUUAAAUGGUCAACACGGCACAAUAGUGGACCGAGGUAGCACUACAGGUCUUACCAAGGUCCAUCAAGCCCAAGCUGGAUCUCAAUCCUCACUGCACCACAUGGCCCCAAUGCAAGUAGACUGAUUUAGUGAACAUAGGGUCUUGUUUCCACACUUUUAUCCAGAUUCUCACCAAUUUUACAAUCAGGUUUUUUGGAUAGUUUUCCACAAUUUCUUUUUUUUUUCGACCUUCUGCUAGCAAACAAUAACACCUCUAUCCCAAAUGACGGCUUUACGGCUCACGUAUCAUCCAUCAGCUUUAACGAUGAACGAGCUGAAUAAAGGAAAUAAACAGAAAAUGCCGAGUCGGCGUUUGUGCCUUACACUUGCUCAAGCCUCAGUAACGCUACAGUGUGUCGUGAUACGUCCUUUCCUUCCACGCCAAGGGUUAUGUCUCCCGCUUGAGUUGUCACUCGCAUGGAAACUGUCGAAAUGUGAAUGCUUUAUUUAUCAUUUUUCGUGUGAAGAAAAUGCUCAGGUAGUCAGGAAUAAGUAGGAUGAUCAGGUUGAAGACAAAUAUUAUGGAUCACAGUGCUGCUAUGUGCAAAUCUGAGCUUUGUGACAUUAAAAAGAGAAAUAUGUAAGCAAGUGACCUCCUCCCGUAUUGUACAUGUUUGAAAGGCCUUGCAUGCACGAGUCUUCCUACAAAUUCCAAAA